CGUAAACACGACAGAAAACGGCGAAUAGGACGGCAGACAGCGGCGAUCUACCCCCCCUACAGCCAACCCAACAUCUCCUCAUCUCCAUCCUCUCCUGCGCCGCUUGGCUCAUCAUUUUGCGCACCUCGCUCUCUUCUUAUUUUCACCUCUUCUGCUCGGUAGGAUUUCACAGAAUAAACAUCAGAUGCAAAAGAGGAGGCUGUGCCAUCAGGAUCCUCUCUAAGUCCGGCUCGGGACGAUCUUUGGCGCAACCGAACCGGCGCACAAACACAGCCGGAUGACUGAAGGCUAACCCGGGGGAAGAAAGAGAGAGACCCCGGCCCCCCUUGGUUAUCACUGAGACUUCAGCAUCCCCAAAUGCGAUGGUUUAGCGGCUCCUGCAGCAAAACUGCCCGAGCAGAAUCGGAUCAGCAGGGCUCUCAUCCACCAUGAACCUCUGAAAGACAUCCGACACAGGCACAGAUGGAUAGACUUGUUUGUCCGCCGUCUGCUGUCUCCCUGAAUCCACGUGAAUGCUGCAAAAGAUGAAAAUGCGGCGGCACCGGGUGUUCUUGCUGUGCACGGUGGGCCUGUGCGUCAUCUCCUUCCUGCACUACUACAAGGCCCUCCACUACGUCUCUCUGCUCCGCGAGCUCUCUGCCCCGUACCCCAACAUCAAGUCCUUCAUCAUGGUCACCGGCUUCUUCUGGAGGGAGAAGGGCGCGUCCACGACUCCGCUCAGCCCAGCUUCCCCCGAAGAGGCCCCUCCUCUUAAUGUUCUACGUCAGUUGGACCCCAAAGCUAGAGCUGCAGCAGGCUCUGUGGGAGGAGCAGGGGAAGGAGGAGGCAUAGGUACAGGGAUUGGGGGAGUCAUGGUUGGAGGUCCUGGAAUCAUUGGAAGUGCCGGGUUGGAGAUGAGGUUAAGAGAGGAGCCAGCGCCGCCUCAUCCUUGGGAGAAACCUGAGGAGAACCAGCGAGGAGACGCUCCAAUUGAGGAAAGAUCUGAAGACCAUUUAAAACCUCGGCAUCCUAGCAACCCAGCCCAACCUGCCAAGCCUGAGGUCCAAGACGUCCCAUUGGCCGGACAGGAGCAUCGGGUCGUGUUACUCAAGGAACAACUUCCGGACCCUUUGGAAGCAAUGGGAGACCUCCACAUCCGCACUUACCAGCUCAAAGACGACAAAACCCCAUACUUUGUUCGAACCAAAGCUGGAGCACUUUGCUUCAGGCAGGGAACAGAGGUGGCUACCCCAAAGGAGUACUCUGGGAAGACAGGGGGGGCAUUGGCUAAUGGAGCUGGGGCUGCAGGGCUACGGAAACCCCUGGAGGUUCAACAGCAGCCUUCCACAGCUCCAAAAGCAAAGGCCAGGGCCAGGGGCAAUGGGAAACGGCUAGUCAAAUGUGUAUGCCGGCCGGGAUGGCAUGGACCUUAUUGCGGGGUUCCCACCAUGGUGUACCACUCCAAUCUGCCAACCAAGGAGCGGUUGACACCAAGAGAGACCCCGCGGAGGGUGAUUAAUGCCAUCAAUGUGAACCACGAGUUUGACCUGCUGCAUGUGCGCUUUCACGAGCUCGCCCAAGCUGUUGAUCUGUUCCUCGUUUGUGAAUCCAACUUUACUGCCUAUGGAGAGAAACGGCCUCUAAGUUUUCUCAGGCUGCUCCUCAACGGUACAUACGACUACAUACGUCACAAGAUCCUGUACGUGUUCCUCGACCACUUUCCAGAAGGCGGUCGGCAGGACGGCUGGAUCGCUGACGACUACUUGCGCACCUUCCUGACGCACAACGGCAUGUCCAGGGUUGUGGGCGCAAGGACAGACGACGUCUUCGUCAUCAACGACGCAGAUGAAAUCCCCGCUCACGAGGGCCUUCUUUUCCUCAAGCUGUUUGACGGCUGGACGGAGCCUUUCGCCAUCCACAUGCGCAAGUCACUGUAUGGGUUCUUCUGGAAGCAGUUUGGCUCUCUGGAGGUGGUCUCCGGCUGCACGGUGGGGAUGCUUCGAGACGUCUACGACGGCGACGGUAUCAAGCUCCGCCGGCGUGAAUACUACACCAUGCCAGGCUUCCGUAAGUAUGAGAACGACACGGGCCACAUCCUGGUGCAGUGGUCCGUGGGCAGCCCCUUCCACUUUGCCGGCUGGCACUGCUCCUGGUGCUUCACACCUGAGGGGAUCUACUUCAAACUGGUGUCGGCCCAGAAUGGAGACUUCCCGAGGUGGGGCGACUACGAGGACAAGCGUGACCUCAACUACAUCCGUGAUCUGAUCAGGACGGGGGGCUGGUUCGAUGGCUCCCUGCAGGAAUAUCCUCCCGUGGACCCCAAAGAGCACAUGUACGCCCCGAAGUACAUGCUGGAGCACUACGACAGGUACCGCUACCUCCUGGAGAACCCUUACAGCAAAGUGUCCAGACAGAGUGAGGGCUAGGAGUUCAGCUGAUUAAAGCUAUGUGAAAUAAGCAGUAGGGCUCGAGUGAAGCCUCAGCACUGAGUUUUUGGGGGUGAAACGGUACUGAUGAACUUCAUCUCCCACUGGUGAGAUAAUCGUGUAAUUUCAUCAGGCAGCACUGAUGUUGCAGGGAUUUAAAAUCUCUUAAAAUCAUUAUUUUGGGGUCAAAAAGGGAACACUGAAUCACAUCCAUCAUGGAUUAUUGAGUGAUCAUUACGAGGAUACAACCACUGGAUAAACAGAAUCAUAGAUUUGCUCACUACUCCCCUUUUUGGGGGAGUAGCCAAGCUAUCUCUCUUUUUGUCACCCUGCCCCCGACUUCUCUUUCUUCAUCCGAGCCAAUACGCCUGCUGUCUGAGAGCAAGAGGCCGCUUUGAAAGCAAAAAGAGGGACAUUUUGCAGCCAUGUAGAACCUGUGGAGUAAAGCAAAGUGGAAAAUGAAGGAUUGUUUCUCUGUUUGUCCGUGUUGAUCAAAGUUUACGGACUGGCUGGUGUCCCCUCUUCACUCUCCACCUUCAGAUGUCUUCCUGUCAUGUUUGGUGACCUCCUUCCAGAACCAGACAUUCAGAUAUUACAUCAUUCUUGGGUCUCAGUGCAAAAUGUUCAAGCGUAUUUAAACCCUGCUGGAGUUUACCCACUGCCAAAUGAAAAGGAAUGACUUAAUGAAGAUGUUUCAGCUCAUUCUUGCACUCACAUUCACCCACUUGCACCUUAUCCCCUUCUGUCUGUGCGCUUGUUUUAAAGGUGUGCGUGUGGUCCGUCUUUGUUUCAUAUUUUUGAGGCUUCAGGCUGUGAAUGAAGGACAAGAUCAGCAAUAGGAAACAGAAAAAGCAUGAAAGAAUCGUCAGGGGGGACAGACAGGGAGAUGGGAAAACAGCACAAGCGAGACAGAGAGAAAAAGGAGGAACAGAGCAGCGAUGAAAAGGAAAGAAAAGGAGGCUCUCUCUCGAUGCUGCCGUUCCCACAGCGUUUGCUGGUGCAUGAGUGUUGCAGGGAUGACUGUGCAGAAUGCGUGCUCCCCUCAGGCAGCUCUGAAUACAUCGUGUACUGUCGAUGGCCGUUAUUGUUUGUCCAAUGAGAACAAUCGAGACCAGCUUGUGGGGGGAAAAAGAUCGCCCUUCAGUUUCAUUUCCCGGUCUAUCCGGCAGCUGAGAUGACUUUGUUUCCUUGGAAACUGAAGUAGGAGAGAGACGGGACGGGUGUUUUUUGAAGAUGAGUGGGCGGGUUCAUGUCAGGCAAAGAGAUGGAGCGUUCACACGAGGUCAGCUUUGACUGUAGGUCCCCCUUGGUUAUGUAUUUCUCUUUCUUAUCGGCUGUCAAUCACCAACUCUCAUAGAAAUAAUCUUAAAAGAAUAUUUUUUCUGCAC